CACGACACUUUCAGUCUCAGUCUUCACCAUUCCACUAUUCACCCCAAUUCUCGUUAUACAAAUCCCACCUCAAAUCAUUCAAGAUGAGUGCAAUCGCUGACAGCACCGAUGGCCCUGUUGAGAAGGUCAAGGUGCUGUUUGCCCUGUUCCCUGGCUACAACACCCUCGACGUGGCUGGCCCGCUUGAGGUCUUGAGCCGUUCCCUGCAGAACCCCAAGGACAAAUCCAGCAAGGCUUUCGACUGCCAGUUCGUUGGCACCGCCGCUGCCAUGACCUCUGUCCAAGGACUCACCAUCAAGGCUGAUAUGGACUACGAUGAUGCGAACGACGAGCUCGAGGACUUCGAUGUCAUCAUCGUGCCCGGCGGUGAGGGAAUUUUUGAUGUUCUCAAGAAUAAGGCCGAGCCCCUCGGUCUCCUCUCCAAGUACGUCGAGCUCCAGGAGAAGAACCCUGAGAAGGAGCGAACCGUCCUCGCUAUCGAUGUCGGUGCUCUGUUGCUUGCCCAGCAGGGCAUGCUCGAGGGUUUGGCAGCUACAACACACCCAGACUACUAUGUCCGUCUGGAAACUCUCUGUCAAGACGCUUCCAAGCGUGACAUGUCCAUGCGUACCGACGUUAUGGAGGAGCGUUACGUCGUCAACAAUGCCCGCUUUGACUUGGGUGAAAACCCGGAAGACAACCCAUAUAUCAUCAAGAAGGACCGCUCGGGUGCCAUCCCCGACGGUACCAUCACCCAGAAUGGACGUAGAAUGUCCAUUGCUCGAAAGGGCAGCAACGCUUGGCGCGACUCUCGCCGCCGCGAGUCCAUCGCCAGGCGUGCCUCUAUGCCGCUGGGUGGUAUGCGUGUCAUCACCACCGGUGGUGUCACUGCUGGCCUUGAUGCCAGCCUCUACUUGGUUGGUUCCCUGGCCUCCCACGACUCGGCUCUCGAAGUUGCUCGCGUCAUGCAGUACUCGUGGGUCAAGGGCGUGACGGUCGACGCGAUUGAUGUAUGAGGUACUCGAUGCGAUGUAAUAUACGAUUGGACUGAAGUGCACCCGGCGAGGUCACCAGAAAUGAUAUGUCGGGAAUCUGGAAGAUUUACCACGACUGGGAGGAACUUUACGAAGCAUCUACGAAUGUCAAUGAAAUCAUCAAAUCUCAUGCUAUACCCGUC